AUGAAUAACACAUUAGCAGAAGGCAAACUUACUUACAUAGACAUAGUCACUGCAAUGGUAAAAAUUCUGUAUCAGUGCCGUCCAAAAGAACCUGAACUAACUUUAUUACUAGGCGGGGAUUAUAAUGAAUUUCUUAGACGAGCGUUUUUCUCUUGGGUACCGGUAGCUUUAAUAGGGGAGACGAGUCCUCGAUUCAACGCUCUUGAAAAAAUUGCAUUAACAAGAUAUUCCUUCAAAACGUUCGUGAGUUAUAAUUUCAUUCCUUUCCUUCGAAAAUCGCAUCGUUUCGUGCUAGUGGCAUCUUCCCAGCCUCUAUUGCGAUCUAUUUUACAGAGAACAAAAGAUUCGCCGUGGGCAAAUUCGGAUGGAUUUUAUAUUAUAGUCGAUAAAGAAACCGAGACUCGAGGCUGCAUAAACGCUCGCUCGUUUCUUUGGACGGCUUGGGAAUUCGACUUGCUCUCCGUUAUAUUUCCGUGCAUCGAUCCAGACAAUGGAAUUGUUUAUUAUACAUAUAAUCCGUAUUCUAAUAGCACGCCAGACAAUUGGGUUGAAGUAGACCGCGCCAAAGGACGACAUGGUCAUCCUUGGAUAAUAUUGAGAAAAAAAUACGAGAAAGAUGAAGACAAAGUGUGCAAAAAUCUGGAUUUCGAUAAAUUAACCACGUUAGAGGGCUACGAGAUUCGAUUGAACGCAGUUGAGAUGGCACCAUUUAUAAAAGUCAAUUUGAGUGCGCCGGAUAUGACAAAAUUUCGCGGCGACAACAGUGAAAUUCUCAAGAUGCUUUUGUUUAAAUUGGGAGCAUCCCUCAGUAUAGAUCUUUACAACGGCAGUAUCUAUGGAUUGGGCGGCAUAGGACCGAAUGGUACUCUAGAAGGUUUAAUGGCCCCUGUGAGCGACGGCAGAAUAGACAUUGGCAUGAACACAAGAACUUUGCUUGCAUUGUGGAAGGUCAAGUACGUGUAUGCGUGCGUGUAUGCACAUACAUACACACACACACACAUAUACAUAAAAUAUUUAAUAGGUAAUAUUAUUAUAUUAUUUUUCAGGUACACAUAUCCCCAUACGAGAUCAGGUCUCUGUGUGAUAGCGCAACCGCGCCAAGAGGUCUCGCAAUUUACCAAGCUGAUAAAAUUUUUGUCGCCAGAAGUUAUAGCGGGAGUAGUCAUAAUAUGUCUGUUGACUUACACAAUAUUUACUAAAAAUGAGGGAUACUUAAAAGCCAGUUUACAGGUGCUACGACUUAUGGUCUGCGUAGGAAUUCUACAUCCGCCCAAAGUUAGUUCCACCAGGAUAUUUCUAUGCAUGACGUUGAUUCUGUUUCUCAACAUAAACGCGCUAUUCCAAAGUCACCUGUCGGCCUUGCUUACCGUGCCGGUUUAUUAUCGCAAUAUCGACACUCUAGAAAAUAUUAAGAAAUCUGGAUACACUAUAUACGGACCGGAACAGCUUAGAAAGCGGCUAAACGAUCCCGUACUGGAAUCACGCUAUGUGACGGUCACGUAUGAAGAAUGCAAAGAAUUCGUUGAGAAUUCGACGACCGCCGCAUGUUUCGGGGACUGUUACCACUUGUACUACAGGAUCAAAGGUCAGGAUCUUAUUAGAUCGAAUCAACUGAUCGAGAUGACACAAUCGUAUGUCACCCGCGAAGAUUGGCCAUUAUACGCGCGAGUGGAUAACAUUAUUCAACAAAUGUCGCAGGUCGGCUUGAUAAUCAAAUCUCGAUCCGAAUUUUACUGGGAGAUAAAACGCGAGAAAUAUAUCAACUCUAUGAAGAAAAAAGGCUUUAAGGUGAUGUUGCUGAAGCAGCUUGCCUUCAGCUUUUACUUUCUCACGCUAGGAUACGUCUGCGCCACUAUAGUUUUUAUAUUGGAAUUGGUGGUUGGUCGAUCUGCUCCGAAAUCUAGGAACCAGAUAAGAAUUAAAAAGAGUAUGAAACUAAAGAAAAGAAACAAAAAGUUUGAAUAAAUGUCGCGGAUUAGCUUGGAAUUAAGAAACUGAUUUUAUGUACGACCUUCUUAAAGUCUUUCUAUCAUCGACGCCAAUAAAGACGAAAUUUGCGUAAACUAUAUUUCGCGAGACGUUUAGCUAUACAAUUAUUAUUUAUGUAAUACAUUUUUCUAUUUUCUUUUAUUAUUAUAUAUCAAUAUUAAUAUUGAUAUUUGUAAUAAGAUAAAUUUCUACGUGUAGCUGGAUGGAUUACAAGAUUUCAUUAUAACAAUUUCUUAUAAAUCUUUCACAAGCCAUAUUUUCACUCGGUUUCUGUAAAAAUAAUUAUCUUAAUGCUGAGCCCUUUCUUAUAUCUACUAGAACAUUACAAGCGCGCGCUGCGUUUACAAUACACAGAGCAUUGUAAAAAAUAAUUACUGCAAUAG